AUGGUUGAAUUACGUCGUUCUAGCAGAGUCAAUGGUUCUAAGCGUGCGCAUGACCCCGAACAAACUGUGGAGUCGCCCCCGAAGAAAUCAAGAACAGCUAAGACUGAAGAGAAAGGGCAGACCAAAACCUCAAAAGAGCUUGAAAUUGGUGACAAAUUACCUCAAUUGACAUUGCAAAAUCAAGACGGCGAAGAUGUCGACCUUAAAGAAGUCUGUCGUCAGAAUAAGAUUGUAGCUAUAUUUGCAUAUCCUAAAGCAAGCACUCCUGGGUGUACCCGUCAAGCUUGUGGUUUCCGCGACAACUACAGUGAAUUGAAGAAAUACGCUGCUGUAUUCGGCAUCAGCGCUGAUUCCGUCAAGUCCCAAAAGGGUUUCCAAACCAAACAAUCGCUGCCUUAUGACCUUUUAUCAGACCCUAAACGUGAACUUAUAGGACCCCUCGGUGCUAAGAAAACGGCACAAGCUGGUGUAACACGUUCGCAUUGGAUUAUAGUCGACGGAAAGCUUAAAUUCAAGAGAGUUAAAGUGUCGCCAGAAGUUUCGGUCCGGGAUGCUUUGAAAGAGGUAUUGGAAUGUGCAGAAGAUUCUACGUCGGACAAAGCAGAAGACAAGCCUGAAACAGAUGGAGCGAAGGAAGAGCCCAAUAAAGUUGCUGGAGAAGUAACAGAGCUCAAAGAAGAGGAAGUUGCAGAAGCCAAAGAAGAGUAA